AUGAUUCCACGCAAGAAGGCAAAGCUAAACACCAAGGCACCUGCCGCCGAUAGCAGCAGCGUCAAGUCAGACGUCCCUAGUGACGUCGAUGUAGCCAAAACACCCUCAAGCACCCCAAACGCCAGCGGAAUCUUGCCAAAUGCGCCCUCGUCGGUCAAGUCACUAGCUGCUUCGACCGCGUCCGCAAGCAGUGCAACGCCACCUACCACGCCAGGCACGCAGACACCCAAAGGCAAGAAGUGGCUGUCGGGCACAGGUAGUUGGCGAUCAAAAGCCCCUGCCAUAGUCAAGACAGCAACCGAGAGCAUCGGUGUCACUUCAGGCUCUACUGGCGAGCUGCCGCGCAAAGGAGCAAACAGGUCGCGAGACGACUCGCCCAAACACUUUCUGACCAAGCGUAAAUCGAGCAAAGGCGACGUGAUACCGGCCUCUAUAACGCAAAUCAGCGUCUCAACAGACGGCAUGGUGGACGAGGCGCCCAAGCCAAAGCCAGAAGAAACGCCACCCGCAGAGGAGGCGCCACCCUCAGACGAGCCUCGCGUCGACGAACCCCCAUUACCCCCCGAACCAGCCACAAAGCAAGCGAAUACUGCAGCAAACACAUGGGCAUGGCGGAGUUGGUGGUCACGGCCGGAUGGAUACUCAGAAGCGACCAAGGCUAAGAGCGAGGCACAAGACAAUGUCGAGAAUGCGCAGAAUACGCCACUGCCGGGACCAACACCUUCAGAAGAACCAGACAUGGCUACAAAGGGGCUUGGAAGCACAGCAACAGGUCAGCAGGCGCAGGAGGCCGAAACAAAGGAUGCACCAACAGACCCACGCCCCGUGCAGGAUACUGAGAUGACAGAUGCACCCAGUGCGACCAACACAGCAAAUCGCCGCAGCGGUUCGUGGUUCAGGCUCUGGAGCAGUGCACAGAAUUCUCAAGCCAGUCCGGCUGUCGACCCUUCGACAUCCAACGGCUCUGUAUCCAAGUUGGAUCGGAUCUCUGAAGCAGCAGCAGAGUUACCCUCUGACACACAGCCUGUGCAUGAGGCAGAAACUGGUGCAGAAGCGACUGCACCUGCCGAGGCUACACAAACCACGGCUACAAACCAGGGGCCGCCAAAGUCUUCGGCCUGGGCAUUUUGGUAUAGAGACAGCCCUGCAGACAAGAAGAAGCCAGCUGCAGGUGGUGCUCAGAAACAUGUGGGCGAAGUAGCCGUAAUGGAUACACCGUCUCAAUCGCACCCAGAAGCUGCUCAGUUCAAUGAGCAAGAACAGCCAAAAGAUGAUACACCAAAAGACCCACCGCCACCAAAGGCAGAGACCACAUCAAAGAGGUCUUUUGCCUCUUUGCGAGGGCGACCCAAGUCACAAGUUGCAGUGGAGUCAAAGGACACAUCAAAGUCGAGCGAGUCUAACACGCCUACCAAGACUUCGCCUGUGAUGGAGCCAACUCGUCCUGACCCACCACUAACAAAAGAACCUGCAUCCAAGCAAGUCGCGAAAAGUAAAUCGAAGCCAACAGAUCUUGUUUUGCCCGAGUUCAGUUCGACGUAUAAGAUGGUGCAACAACCCAGCUUCUGGAAGCAAGUCCGUCAAUACUUUCUUGGUGGCGAGCCUGCCACACCACAUCUACAUAUCCAUCCUGCGCCGCCUAGAAUCAAGAAAGCUGUGGCUAUUGGUGUACACGGGUUCUUCCCUGCUCCCAUCAUCCAGAAAGUGCUUGGACAACCUACGGGGACAUCAAUACGCUUUGCAAAUGCAGCCGCAGCCGCCAUCAAGGAUUGGGCCGAGGUACGUGGCUACAGCCCUGAGAUUGAGCAAAUCGCUCUCGAAGGCGAAGGCUUUGUCGCUGAGCGCGUCAACUCCCUUUGGAAGUUGCUCCUUAAUUGGAUAGAUCACAUCAAAGCUGCUGACUUCAUCCUGGUUGCUUGUCACUCACAAGGUGUACCAGUGGCGAUGAUGCUUGUUGCAAAACUGAUUCAGUUUGGCUGCGUCAAUGCCACGAGGAUAGGCAUCUGCGCCAUGGCAGGUGUAAAUAUGGGACCUUUUAUCGAGUACAAGACUAAAUACUUCGGUCCCACAGCCGCUGAGCUCUUUGAGUUUUCUAACCCCAAGAGUCUGGUCAGUCAAAUCUCGUUUCUCUCGAAAAUCCACAGUCAUCAACGUUCUCCACCCUCUCUCACCCCUACAUCUACCGCGCCGUCUUCGUGGACGGGCGCAUCCACGCCCCAGACUUCCUAA